AUGCCUCUCUCUAAGCUACAGGGAGUCAAGCUCCCCGCCUCGGCCGACUUCCAUGUCCAUCUUCGUGAGGGUCCAAUGAUGGAUUUGGUGACUCCCACUAUCCGACAGGGAGGUGUGAACACCGUUUUCGUUAUGCCCAACCUUGUGCCACCCAUCACGACCGUCGACCGUGCAUUGGACUACCAGAAGCGCCUGCAAGCCCUCGAGCCAAACGUCAACUUCCUGAUGUCGCUGUACCUCCACGAGACUGUGACCCCGGAGACCAUUAUCGAAGCUAAGAAGCGCGGCAUCACCGGUGUCAAGAGUUACCCGGCUGGUGUGACGACCAACUCCUCCUCCGGUGUGGUUGACUACACGCAGUUCUAUCCCGUGUUCGAGGAGAUGGAGCGGCAAAACAUGAUUCUGAACCUGCACGGAGAAAGCCCCUCCGGAGGCGACGUGACGGUCCUGUCUGCGGAGGAGCGGUUCCUUCCCAAGCUCUUCGAGCUGCACUCCAAGUUCCCCAAGCUGCGCAUUAUCUUGGAGCACUGCACCACAGCCGCGGCUGUGGAGGCUGUGAAGAAGUGCGGCCCCACUGUUUCCGGUACUAUCACAGCUCAUCAUCUAUCCAUCAUCAUCGACUCCUGGGCUGGUGACCCAUUCUGCUUCUGCAAGCCCGUUGCCAAGACCCCGGCCGAUCGCGACGCCCUUCUCCGUGCCGCUGUUUCAGGUAACCCCAAGUUCUUCUUUGGCUCCGAUAGUGCCCCGCACCCGUCUGCCUCCAAGCGUGGUGGCGAGAAGAUUGCUGCCGGUGUUUUCACUCAGCCAUACACCACACAGGUUGUCGUCGAUGCCUUCGAGCAGGCCUGCGACAACGGUGUCCUCAAGGAGGAAGAUAUCACGCCAGAAAUCGUCGAGGGCUUUAUGAGCAAGUUCGGACGGGCCUUCUAUGGUCUCCCUGAGGAGCAGAAGGAAUUCAUCACCAUCGAUAAGAAGGGCGAGAAGAUCUCGGAGAUCCUUCAGUCAGACAAGAUUGACGUUGUUCCCUUCAGAAAGACCCAGGAGACAUGGAGCAUCUCUUGGUCUUAA